UUCUGAGUGCGCAGACGCGAACGUAAGUCCUCUUCCUGGUAAGAUGGCGCUGGGGUUGAUGUGUGGACGCCGGGAGCUUCUGCGCCUGCUACGGCCCCAGCGUCAGUUCCACAGCGUCGCAGGGCCCUGCCAAUGGCCCCGGAAAGCGCUGACAGCGGGGCUCCGGUUCCCAGCCGGCCGCUGCUGCGGGCACCCGCACUAUGUCCUCCUCGCGGCCCCAGGCCCCCGGGGCCUCAGUACCUCUGCCAUCUCUUUUGCAGAAGCCCAGGUUCAGGCUCCUCCGGUCAUUCCUGCAACUCCCCCACCUACAGCAGUACCUGAGGUGGCUUCUGGAGACACUGCAGAUAUCAUCCUGGCUGCUGCAGAACAGAGCUUCACUGAGCUUGGGCUGGGGUCAUACACCCCAGUGGGACUGAUCCAGAACUUACUGGAAUUUAUGCAUGUUAACCUAGGCCUACCUUGGUGGGGGGCCAUUGCUGCAUGUACAGUCCUUGCCCGCUGCCUGGUGUUUCCUCUCAUCGUGAAGGGCCAGCGAGAGGCAGCUAACAUCCACAACCACUUGCCAGAGAUUCAGAAGUUUUCUGCUCGAAUCAGAGAGGCCAAGUUGACAGGAAACCAUACUGAAUUUUACAGGGCCUCCUCGGAGAUGACGUUCUACCAGAAAAAGCAUGAUAUUAAACUCUUUAGACCUCUCAUUCUACCUCUGACUCAGGCCCCGAUCUUCAUCUCCUUCUUCAUUGCCUUGAGAGAAAUGGCUAACCUUCCCGUGCCCAGCCUGCAGACCGGUGGCCUCUGGUGGUUCCAGGAUCUCACACUAUCUGACCCCACUUACAUAUUACCUCUGGUGGUCACUGCUACAAUGUGGGGUGUCCUUGAGCUAGGUGCUGAAACUGGCAUGCAAAGUUCUGACCUUCAGUGGAUGAGAAAUUUUAUCAGAUUGAUGCCCCUGGCAGUCUUGCCCAUAACUAUCCAUUUCCCCUCGGCAGUGUUCAUGUACUGGCUCUCCUCCAACAUGUUUUCCCUGGGCCAGGUGGCCUGCCUCCGUAUUCCAGCUGUACGUGCUGUACUUAAAAUCCCCCAGCGUGUUGUGCAUGACCCAGACAAAUUACCUCCCCAGGAAGGCUUCAUAAAGAGCUUCAAAAGAGGCUGGAAGAAUGCGGAAGUGGCACAUCAGCUACAGGAGCGUGAACGACGCAUGCAGAAUCACUUGGAGCUAGCAGCCAGGGGUCCCUUACGACAGACCUUUACCCACAACCCUCUGCUACAGCAUGGAAAGAAUGGACCUCCCAACACCCCCAAUAGCAGCAGCAACAAACCAAAGUCAAAGCAUCCCUGGAGUGACACACUUGGCUGAAUUUUCUUCCCUGCUCAUACCGGCAGGAACUCUCUCUCUUGAGAGACUCAGCCUUAGAAAAAGAACUGAUGCUGGGUCCUUGCCCCAGACCUAGAAACUGGGGGACAUGUUGAUGUUCAUUUUAAAAGUGGAUUCCCCUACAGACUCUUCCACCUAAGUGUAAAAGAACACUGGGGAGCCAAGUGAUCUUCCCAUCCGCUGAGUUAGUAAACUUCCGUACUACAUGCUGCUCCCUGACACUAAAACAGGGAAGUGGACUGAGUGCUUCAGAGAAAAGAAUAGGUUGGGUGGUGAUUGUUCUUCUUGGCCCAUGCUCUUAGGAGGCGUCUCAGUGUUGUAACCUGGCAUUAAGGGCUUAGAUGUGUUGUCCCAUCUGUACUUGCUUUGUGGUCAGAGGUAUGCAUGGUAAGUGGAGACUAUCUGGAGGAACCACAUUCAUUUACCCCAAGAUUAACUAUAAAAUAUCCUUCAAAAAGUAGAUAUGCUUAAGUUUUUAGUGAUAAUUAAGAGGAAGUUGAUAAAGCUUUUAUCAAACAACCUAGCAUUUUGAUACAGCAGCUUAGGUGUUCUCUUGUGUAGAGACUGGUUGCAUCAGCCUUCAGCAACUGGCUCAAGAGGGAAGAAAUACUCAGAUUCUUUCAAGCAUAAGAUUGUUUUUAGUCUUCGUGCCAGGCUAAUGGGAGCUGUCCUUGAGACACUAUAUAAAAAUGAAGCCAGGGGCUUCCCUGGUGGCACAGUGGUUGAGAAUCUGCCUGCUAAUGCAAGGGACACAGGUUCGAGCCCUGGUCUGGGAAGAUCCCACGUGCCACGGAGCAACUGGGCCCGUGAGCCACAACUACUGAGCCUGCGCAUCUGGAGCCUGUGCUCCGCAACAAGAGAGGCUGCGAUAGGCCUGUGCACCGUGAUGAAGAGUGGCCCCCACUCGCCACAACUAGAGAAAGCCCUCGCACAGAAACGAAGACCCAACACAGCCAAAAAUAAAUAAAUUUUUUAAAAAAAUGAA